UUCAAAAUAAAAUUACAUCAGUAACUAUUUAUUCAGACGUAGGGGAAACUAACACAUGCACAUAGCUGGCUCGGUUUCGUGGUUACUAGCUGUACGUAGCCGCUUUCCCCAGGUUCAUUUCCAUCCUGACGAUAUAAACGAAACUUAACCAAAGUGAUUGUCACGUUGUCUUCAAACUGCGAGUGAGCCAGUAACUCGAAAUGACUGCUGUUAGUACGAAGAAACGGAAAGUUUCCAAGAAGAACAAGAAGGCAUGGCGCAAACACGUGGACACGAAAGAUGUUGAGAAGUUUUUAGAAGAUACGCGACAGGAGGAGAGAUUAGGCUCUUUCGAAUCUCGUAAGGACUCGGAGUUAUUCAUAGUUUCUAAAACUCCUGAAAUUCUUCCGAAGAAAGUACGCAGAGAAUUGUUGAAAUCCAAGGAAGCAAGAUGUUUCAGUAUCUUGAAGCCUCAAUCGGCUGUGCCGGAUCCGAUAGCGAAGAGAAAUCGCGUGAGGACCAAAGAGGAAAGGAAAAACGCGCUCGUUUUAAGGAAGGAAGCCAUUAUGAGGUCCAAGGGUAUUUUGAAGCAGAAAGAUAGGCUUAGAUUGAAGAAUAAGAUGAUUGCAGCAAUGAAACGAGAGGAGAGAUUGAAAGAAGCAAAGAGGGGACAGUUCGACAAUGAUACAUGGAAAGAGGAGAACAAGGAAAUCGUUGAUACAGAUUGGCUGGCUUCUAGCACGAUCAAACACACACUGACACACUUUGGAGCAAAGAAGAAGAAGUUGCCAAUUUCUCUGCGCAAGAAACCUUCAGCUAUCCCAGCAGUUGAGCUUCCUCAUCCAGGAACAUCUUACAAUCCUUCCUUCGAGGAUCAUCAGAAGUUGUUGCAUGAAAUAGCACAGAAGGAAAUGGAAUUGAUAAAGGAAGAGAAACACUUGGACAGAGUUACCACGAAGAUGUUUAAAAAGGUUUCUCAAAAGGAAAAAGAGAAGAACUAUAUACAAGAAAUGUCUGAAGGUCUGAAGCCAGAGGACAAUCCAGACACUGAAAACGAAGAUAAUGACCCGACAGUGAAGUCUGUAAAUCCACCAGUUAGAAAUAUGAAAAAGACGAGAGUGCAGAGGCGCAAGCAGAAAGAGCAGAAAGCAUUGCAACUUGAAAAGCAGAAGGAGAAAGUAGAGAAAAAGAAAAUUUCAGAUAUAUACAGAUUGAAAUUAAUGGACAGACAAUUAGCUGCCAAAGAGAAGAAAUCAACAAUCCUGAAGGAGAAGCGAUUAAAGAAGAAGGCGCAGCACGCGAUAGGUACUAAAACGCUCAGCAGAGUUAAAUUCGAACCGUUAGAACAGGAGUUCAAAUUAGCAAGCGAGUUGUCCGGCAAUUUACGAAAUACCGAAGCAACUAAUAAUCUGUUGAAGGACAGGUUCAAGUCUCUUCAACAGAGAAAUAUCGUUGCUCCUUCCAACCUCAAGUUGUCGCGAGACAAACCGAAAGUCAAGCGUUUUAUAAAGCCGGACCAUAAGAUCGUGCUGCCUAAUGUAAAAUAAUUUAGAUCUGUAAGUAGCGAUAUAAGGACUUUGUAAAUAAAUAUUAUUCGUCAA